AGUGUAAAAAGUCUGUGAAUAUUCUUGGUAACAGUCAUUUCCUUUACAGCUCAAGGAAAUUGCGUGUUUCAGGAAAUAGACCCAACUGACUUUUUCUAAAGAAAUCACGCAUCAUGGCAGAGAAUGAAAACAAAACUGCAACCAUGGACUUUGACUGUGCUUUCCUCAAAUCCAAGAGGGGUGUUGUGAAAAUAGCAGAGCUGGUGACUCUGCUUGUUGCCUUUGUGUGUUUUGCCGCAGCAUCCACACCAAAGUACACUGUAGCCACAGUGCUGGAGUUUCUGAUCACUUCACUUCUGCUGUUGCUAUACCUCUUGAAACUCAACAAAAGGCUGACUUUCCUCUUUUGGCCUCUCAUUGAUUUUUUCAAUUCAAUAUUUGCAGCAGUUUACUUUACUGUCUUGAGUCUGAUGGCUUUGACUUCACAUCCUGUCACAGGCGCACUGGUUGGAGGGAUAGUGUGUUUUAUCUCUGUUGGGCUGCUGUGUGUGGACAGCUUCACUCUUUUCAAGAACAUCACAUUCAACAAACCAAGAAAUGAAGUCCAGAAUCAAGUUGAUGAAAGAAGUUAAUUAACUAAAACAGCUUACAGAUAAAUAAUCCCAUUAAUAAAUGCUUCUACUAUGCAAUAUUUAGCAAUAGUUUUGCAUACAUUGAAAAUUUUCUGCUCCUUGAUAGCUUGAACUCUCUGUGCAUAUUUAAGAUUUGGUACAGUGUCCAAAAACAUUGUUUUUUUUUUGUUUUUUGUUUUUUUUACAUACAUAAAGCAAAAGUUUUGCAUUUCUAAUUUAUUGUGUAGUUUUCAGGAGUAGUUCUUCAGGUGUCUUGUAGGACAUUUUAAUGCUCCCCUGUGGAUGCUGGCUGACUUGUUCUUUUCUCUGUCAAGGGGAUCCCACAGUGCUUCAAUAAUGUUAAGGUUUGGGCUCUAGAUAGGAUUUAUUACUCCAUAACACCUGUGGCCACUAAUUGUCACACCAGUUAUUAUAUAAUAAAACAUAUUUUUCCCUGUUUCCUUUACUUUAUAAUGACUUCUUGACAACCAGUAGUUCAUAAAGAGCAUUUCUGAAGAGGCUUAUGUGAACAGUAGAUGAUUAAAUGUCAGAUCAUUGUUGGAUUUAGCCCGUCCCAAGUUUUUUUUAUUUAUUUUUAUUUUUUCUCUCAAAUAUCCCUUUCAGAUGCUGUUGCUAGGCAAACUGCGAAAAAUCAAUAAAGAUAUUCUUUGUU